CCUCCUAUCAUAAAUACACCUUGGCUCUCCCUCUCUUCUUCUUGUUGCUUUCAUUCUCAAGCUUAACCCCAUCUCCUUCUCUUUAUAUUUUGCAAAAUGGACUUUAACAAGAUCUCUUCUCCCUUCGAUUGCCUUCUCUUUGAUCUUGAUGACACAUUGUAUCCGUCUGGUCUUGGAAUUGCGCAGGCCUGCAAGCGAAAUAUCGAAGAAUUUCUUGUUAGAAAAUUUGGUGUGGGUGAAGAAAGAGCAACAUUUCUUCGAGCUGAGUACUUUAGAUCCUAUGGCAGCACUCUUGCUGGACUCUUGGCACUUGGUCAUGAUGUUCAUCCGGAUGAGUAUCACAGUUUCGUGCACGGGAGGUUGCCGUAUGAGAACAUCCGACCCGACCCAAAGUUAAGACAGCUCUUGCUCAGCACGCCACAGACCAAAAUCAUGUUCACGAAUUCGGACCGCAAACAUGCGAAGAAAGUUUUAGAGAAACUCGGCAUUGAGGAGGAGAUCUUUGAGUGCAUUAUUUGCUUUGAGACUCUAAAUCCUCAUCUAUUCAAAACCAACAAUAGCUCAACUGAGGUUAUUCUGAAACCAUCCCUUUCUGCUGUGGAGGUUGCCAUUCGACUUGCCGGGUCGGAUCCUCAUCACACUCUGUUCUUAGAUGAUAGUGAAAGGAACAUUGCCGCCGGCAAAGCUUUGGGUCUUCGAACUGUUUUGGUUGGCAAGAGGGUGAAGACCAACGAAGCAGAUUAUUUGGUAGAUGGAAUGUUCAACCUAAAAGCAAUGAUACCAGAGAUUUGGGGACAAAAGAAGAAGAAUGCAAAUGCAAAUGAAGAACACGACUCAAUAGUGAUGAGGAUUGAAUUGGAUUCCAUUAGGCCAACCACCACCAUUGAAGCUUAAUCACUCACGAGAAGAGUAUAUAUAUCAUGAAUGCUGACGGGCUUGUACGCUCACCAUCCAUAAUUGAACAUAUCCUCACGACGAUCUGAUGGAUGGUGAUAUGUUGUAGACAUACUACUUGCUUUUGUUGCAUUUGUUUAUGGAAUAAGAUGAUGUGGAUGUUGAUGUUAACAAGAUGAAGUGUUGGCUGUACUCCAGCUAUUAUGUUGUCAUGCUGACUUGUUUCCCUAUCAAAAUGUACUUAUGAAAUGAUCAUAACUUCU